GUCAACCUAUUUAUGAUUACUGUGUGAUUACUGAAGAGCAUAAAGAAUAUCUUUGGUCUUCAAAAAAUUAUGCUAGUAUACUUCAUCACACUGGUGCAUUUUUAGGCGAAGAAAUUAUCAAGGUUGUUGAAGAUAUUGGUUCUAAAAAAAUAGAUGCGGUUGUAUCUGAUAAUGGAGCAAAUGUUCAUGUUGCACAAAGAACUCUUUGUGAGAAAUAUCCUCAUAUUUUGGAUAUUAGAUGCAUAGCACAUUGUUUUAAUUUAAUUACAGAAGACUUGUGCAAACACACAUUUGUAAAAAGCAUGAUUCAGAAAAUAGGCACUAUUCAUCAAUAUUUUACAAAAUCAUAUGCCGCGUGUCAAUUUUUGAAAGAUGUGAUUAAAAUACUAAAGAUUAAAGGUGGCGAUUUAAAGGAUCAUACCAAAAAUGUUGAUCUACAAU